AUGCCCCUGUGGAAUCCGGCCUCUGCCAUGAGUGACGCCAUGCUCUUGGCGGUAAGAAGCCUCCACCCUGAUGGCUUCCAAACGAUGGUGAUUCCCGUGGCGAGGACGGGAGUCUGGCCGCGUGGACAAUCAGUACUAGUGGACGACGUCCCACAGGAAGAAAUGAACGAAAGUCAGGACAUCACAGCGCUUAGCGUGUUUGGGGACUAUAUUUUUGAAGUGCUGCGGACGCGAAUCACUGGAACAGCCAUUAUUACAUGUCCAGACAAAUCUGGAAAUAUGAUCGGCAUUAAUGCUUCCUUGAAUAGUGUCCACCUACUUGACCUUGACUUAGACAGUUCAGUCCCCCGUGUACCCAACCUACUGCCCACGCUAACCGGCCAACCAAUCGAGCUGCAUUUUUUCCGGUGCCAUAAUCUUAUCGAGCUGAACUCGGGCGUCAAAGGGCCACCUGGAACCAGCAUUAUGUCACCACGCCAGACCAGCCGUGUAAGAUACGAGUCAUGGUAUAGGAGGAAACGGCGCCACGGGGAGGAAGUAUGCUCAAUCAAUAAUUCUAAGGACCCCAAUCCUCGCGCUCAGAGAUCUGUCCACAAUUGGCGUUUAUGCGCAAGUGUCCGACUCAUUUCGACACUUAACAGACUUGGACCUGUGAAUUUUUCGUUGUCGGCCCCUGAUCGGGGUCCACGUUGCGUUAAGGCAUUCAGAGUGCAGCAGCCUGUUGCGUUUGGGGCAUGCUUCAGUCCCUACUUCCAAAACGGACGCCGGGGACACAUUCGUGUGCUCGCUCGGUUGCUCUCCCGUAACCACGCGGGCGGUUUUAACACUUAG